UGCGUUUAGCUUAGUUAGCUUAGCUUAGUUCGCCAAACUAACUUCAAUACAUUUUUAAACAUAAAAAAUAUUGCAUUUAUAGUUAUAUCGCAUUUGCAUUGGGAUUUUAUAUUAUUUAACUUCUUCAGUGGAAAAAAAAUACUUCCAACGUUUUAUUUUGCCAACUGACGUCAGGGGAAGAGCCGUAACCUUGGAAGCAACCGUCGAAGUAGAACCGCUAAAGCGCUCGGUCCUGUUUCAUCUCAGUUCCUGCAGUCUGCAGAGAUUAUUCAUCUUCAGUCAUAAACUACUCAGAUUAACGCCACAAUGCAGAGGGAAGACCAAGGCACGCCGCUGUCCUCCCACCUCAGCAGAGGCACCUCCUUUCUCCCGGAUGUCUUACUCCCAGCAGACCCUGCCAACGCCCCCAGCUGUCUCACCCACACCCCUGGCACCAUCAUUCCUAACGGGAUUUUCGUCGGCCGGAUCGGUGAUGAGGUUGAUGAAAGCGACCUGCGACGGGUCUUCUCGCAGUACGGGGAAGUGAAGGAGGUGAAGAUCGUGUCACAUCGGUCAGGAAUAUCAAAAGGGUACGGGUUUGUUACGUUUGAGACAGCUGAAGACGCCAUGAGAGUCCUGAGCCUUAGGAGUGGGAUCCGUUGCAGAGACAGGAUCCUCCGCAUCGCCCGUGCUAUAAAAAGGCCGCAGGGCUCAGGAAGACCCAGGAGAACCCACAUGACCCCGCUUGGACCCGCCGUGCCUCAGGUAUCCUGUGGGACGUUCGUCAUGUCCACCUCCACAGGUUUCCCCUACACCUACAACAAUGGGAUGGCGUACUUCCACUGUGCCAACGUGAGCCCAGAUGUGCAGUUCUGGCCCCCGGCUCCUAACCUGAUGCUGCCUCCGUCCCAUCAGCACGUUCACCAGCAGCAGUACCACCACUUCCAGAAUUUCCCAAAUCCGUAUCCGUGGAAUACCGUGGAGGUGCCUGUGCCCCCUGGCGCAGUGAUGUACCCUCAGCCGUCCGAGUAUCUGUACCAGCCCGCUGAUGGACCCCUCUUCCUGCCCUUUGGGCCUGUGUGGGAGGACGCUCCAGCAGAGGUGGUGGACACAGCGGGGCCUCAUGGUUACUCCAGAAGGACGCCAGAUGUUCAGCGAGGCGAUCCAGGAAUGCAACAGGUGUUUCCUUCUGCCAUCGUCCCCCGGCACUAACGAAGCGUCUGAGUCCACGCAGCCACCUGAUGUCACCACGUCUCACUCCUCCCUGCUCCUGAAGAGGCACGCGUCACCCUCAGCAGUCCACCUGUUCCACGCCUCCAUCACUAAACCCGCUGACAGCCUGAUGUGGGGGGGGGCGCCUCAAACAAAAGGAUGCUACAGGUGCCUUAAAUUCACAACCCCUCAAACAUCAGUCGGAUUAACAGAGAUUAGAAUAAUCUCAGCGCCUUCGGCUGCAGGAAACAAGAUCAUUUCCAGGUGACUGUUGGUUUUAAAGUUAUCGUUUGAGGCAGGAAGUGCUUCCUGUCAGAUUUAAUCACAUCUUUUAUGCUCGGUGGUUGCGGGGCUUCCCACCCAGUUAAUCUGGGAUUUUAAAGAUGAUAAUCUAGAGAAACGUUUCAGAUUUUGUCUUUUAUCCGUCUCUGAAACACAAACACGACUGUUUUAAAUCCUCUGUGGACAAACGGCUGAUAUUCCGUCACAUUAGCACGUACCUUUCUAUUUUCCAUCUGAGCCCUAGCUCGGUCUGGUUGUUGUUGUUUACAGAUGUUCCAGGUGUUUACAAAAUAAACACGUGUCAACACUUUAAUAGUUUUAGGAUUACUUAAGGAAAGUUCGAGUUUCAACUAUUUACUUGUUUUGUGUGAAAGAAUCUUUGUUUCCACAUAAAUUUAACUUCAGAGCAGUUUAGUCCUGGUGUGUGUGUAGUGUACAUUCUCUAUGUGUGUGUGUGUGUGUGUGUAACUGUAAACAAGUGUAUGUUUGUGCACCGAGCCGGCUGUUCUUUACUGUUGUCAGAUUGUUCCACGUCUUUUGGUUCUGUGGCUUUUUGUCGUUCUUCAAUGAGAAAUAAAUCUUUCUGAACUCCGA